GUGAUACAAAAUUGACAUAUUCAGGACCAAGCCUACCAGAGGACAUAUGGCAUCAUAUCCAUUCUCGAAUGCGACUACGAGAUGCUGCACGUGUUGCCUGCGUGUCUCAUUCAUUUCGGCGUUCUUGGAGAUGUUAUCCCAAUCUCACCAUAACUAGGAAAACUCUGGGUUUGAAAGGCGGAAAAUACGGAAGGUCAUAUAAAAUAUCGAGUGCUCUUGCAAGGAAAACUGACCGCAUUCUGAGAAAGCACUCGGGCAUUGGUGUGAAAGCGCUCAAGCUUCAAAUAAAUGAUUUUCCCAUGUUCAGCACCUUCUGUGAUCUCGACCGAUGGCUUCAUAUCGCUGUUAAACCAGGGAUUGAAGAGCUUGACCUAUGGCUGGGGAUGCACUCACAUGAUGCAGCUGUGUACGACUUCCCGAGCUCACUUUUACUUGAUGGGAAUGGCAAGUCGAUUCGGCAUCUUCAUCUCAGUAAUUGUGUCUUACGUCCCACGGCUGGACUUGGCUGCUUAAGAAGCUUGACAAGUCUGGACUUUUGUGACAUACGUAUUACGGGGGAUGAGUUAGGGUACCUUUUCUCCAGUUCAGUUGCUUUGGAGACACUGACACUCAUGUAUUGCCAUGAGUUAUUUCUCCUGGAGAUACCUAGCCUGCUGCAGCGGCUUAGCCACCUAAUUAUCAAUGGUUGCAAAAAUCUGGAAGUGAUAGAGAGCAAAGCUCCUAAUCUCUACAGUUUUAGAUAUAUGGGUCACCAGGUAAGACUAUCACUCGGUGAUUCAUUGCGAGACUUCAAAAUUCAUACUUCAGGUUGGGACUUUGUUCAUUAUGCUAGUGAAAAUCUUCUGCCCAUGCUGGCAAAUCUUGAAGCUCUUGACAUAUAUUCACGUUAUGUGAGGAAAGCACCACUGAUACCAGACAAAUUCCUCCACCUCCAGCUACUGUGCGUUGGGUUUUUUUCCCCAGACUAUGAUUAUUUUUCUCUGAUUUCUUUGCUUGACGCUUGUCCUUCCUUGGAGACUUUCGUAUUGUCUGUAGAGCCGGAUCGUGUGGAGCAAGAAUCGGUUUUAGGAGAUUCUUAUCAUGAUCUAAGGAAGAUACCAGGACACUUGCAUGGGAACAUAAAGGAUGUGCAGAUCAUUGGAUUCUGUUCUGCAAGGAGCAUAGUUGAGCUGACAUGCCAUAUUCUUGAAAAUGCAAAGUCACUUGAGUGCCUUACACUGAGCACCUUUUACAAUGGUCAAAUUUUGUGUUCAACCAGAAAAAAAGGUAAAUGCCUCUCGAUGAGUAGGCUUAUGAUCAUGGAAGCCCGUAAAGCGCUCUUAGUAGUGGAAAAAUACAUUGUGGGGAAAGUUCCCCCUUCUGUCGAGUUGAAAGUUGUGGAACCUUGCAGCCGAUGCAAUCCUCUUGAAAUUUAGUGCCUGCUCGUGGCCUGGCUCCAGCUCGUGGAGCCACGGGCAAAGAUGCAUUUGAACUUGCCAGGCAAGAAUAAAUAAUCU